CCUCGGUAAAUGUAGCUGCUUGGUGCCCAAUGGUCUGGGAGCUUCGCUCAGAUGUAGCUAUGGAGAUGGCGAGUGGUUGUUGCCUUUGACAGGUGUGUGUUUCAGCUGGAGGAGGCAGACAGCGGCUAUGUACAACAAGGGCAAAGGAUGUACCAUCCCCUCGGACGCUCAGGCAAGGGAAAAGCUAGCGCUCUAUGUUUACGAAUACCUGCUGCAUGUGGGGGCUCAGAAAUCCGCGCAGACAUUUUUGUCUGAGAUUCGUUGGGAAAAAAACAUCAGUCUGGGCGAACCCCCCGGCUUCCUGCACUCUUGGUGGUGUGUAUUUUGGGAUCUCUACUGUGCAGCACCUGACAGAAGGGAAACCUGUGAACACUCGAGUGAAGCAAAGGCCUUUCACGAUUAUAGUGCGGCAGCAGCAGCAGCAGCAGCAAGUCCUGUCUUGGCCACCUUGCCUCCCAGUGAGGGCACUCCAGGGGUCCCAUUGCCCCCAGGCUUCUUUCAGGGGCCCCCUGGAUCACAGCCACCUGCCCACACACAGCCUCUCCCACACAACCCCAGCAUGGGCCCCCACACUCAGCCAUUCAUGUCACCUCGAUACCCGAGCGGCCCUCGCUCUGCCCUCCGAAUGUCAGCACAGCCACCUGCUGGAGUCCCGGGCUCACAGUCCCUGUUAUCGAACACCUUGGAGACCACCAGGCAGCAAGGGCCUCUGGGUGUGGCUGGUCCGAUACAGAGAAUGAGUGCUCCCCGUGGUCUUGCGAGCCUUGGGCCACAGAGUUAUGGAGGAACAAUGCUACCUCCACCGAACUCUCUCGGAGGCCACGCAAUGAUGGGAAUGAAUAUGGCUCCUGGAGGAGGACGUUCUUGGCCAAACCCAACAAACACGAACUCUAUUCCAUAUUCCUCGUCAUCACCGGGCAGCUAUGUGGGAGCGCCAGGUGGUGGUCCUCCGGGAACAUCAAUCAUUCCCAGUCCGGCAGACUCCACAAACUCCGGUGAGAACAUGUACACAAUGAUUGCGCCGUUGGGAGCAGGAAGCAGCCGUGCCAGUUUCCAGAUGGGUCCAGGAGCUGAGGGCCCAUUGGCUGGAAUGGCAGGCAUGGAGCCUCACCACAUGAACGGGACACUAGGUACUGCUGAUUUGGACGGGUUGUCUAAGAAUUCACCAAACAACAUGACUGGGAUGAGCAAUCCCCCCGGAACACCUCGUGAUGAUGGCGAGCUGACAGGAAACUUUUUAAACCCAUUCCAAAAUGAAAGUUACUCUCCCAGUAUGACAAUGAGUGUGUGACCAAAUCCUCAAAAACCCCCUCAUCCGGUCCUCGUGCAACCCAGCUGGAAGUGAGAAGAUUAUAUUCACAUGGGAGACCAAUCCCAUUCAAAAUAAAUCAUAAUCCAAUGCAGUGAUGAAUCCGCAGAGGUUACAGUGCGACAAGCUGCCUGUGGAGGCCUAUGGUUUUCUGGAGGAACUGAAGAAAUUAUCAACUAGGGGGAUGGAUGGGGGCAGGGACCAAAGGAGGAGAGUGACAGAAUGAAAGAGCAGUGCAGCGUGAUCAAAGACAUUUUCUUAUUUUAAGAUUUUUUUUGUAUCAAAUGUAUUGUCCAUUCAGACAACAAAGAAACAAGAUUGAGGUCUCAAUCUGGAGCAGAUUUGAGCAAGCGCACUGUGUGAAUAUUUCAGCUGCUAUGUUUGAUCAAGCCACACCAUCCUGUCUGCAACUCAGUGAUACUGAACUUGAUGACCUUUCAAAGAAGGUGGAUUGGUGAGGUGGGGGCUGGAAUUGUAUUGAUAGCUAAUGAGCUGAUUUUUUUUCCCUCCAGCUCACUGAUGCUUGUGGCUGGGCCCUGUAUUUGCUUAGCUCACAAGUACUGACUGGCCCAACUAUUAAAUUGCAAAGUUUAUUCAGACUGUUUACCUGUGUAUAACAGGCUCUUGCAACAGCAAGGGGCUAGUAGGUAAUGUGCUGGUAUCGGCUGAAUUGAUAACGUUGGGCAGGGCACUGACAGAGCGUCCUUGGGAUCUUUAAAGUUUAUCAAAGACGCCAGGACUGUGUGCUACAGAGCAGCUUCACAUCACAACCAACAACAUUUGAUAACACAAGCCCAUUGCAAGGUGAAACCUAAUCUUUUGACCUUGGAAGGAGAUAAUUGUGGGGCUUCAUUGAAUUAUACAGGAUUGUGGGUAAAUUGUUAAUUCAGGGAUUCUUCCAAUAAAGUCACAUGGUCAAAGCAGAAAGAAGUUAAUUUACUUCAAACCAUGCAGAAUUAAGAGAAAACAUUUGAGAUAUUUUACGAAAGUGUCAGAUGAAGUGACGAGAAAUGGUGCACUGCUAGGUAUUUCUGCUUGGAUAGUCCAAGUGUCUCCUAUGUCUAGUUCUAAAAACUGACCAUUCUCCCAGAGAAGGCAAUGUUUUCUUCAGAUUAUUCCAGGUAUUUUUCAUGCAUUGAUGCUGCAUCUAACGGAGGUUAAUGCAUCCUUUAAUCCCCACACACAACAGUUGUGAAGGGUAAUGCACUUCAUUCUUGUGAAUGAAGCUGCAUUACCCUUCUGAAUUAUUUUUUAGAUUUUUCACUAUUUAUUAUUGAGCCAAAUUGCAGCAUUGAGCCAAAUGGAUCAGACCAACUACUGAUAAUCAGUUCCUUGUUCUCUCUUUGUCUCCCACGCAGCUUCUCUUGCAUGCUCAGGCUCUCUGACUUGAGUGCAAACUCUAGCAUGCUCUCACACACUUGAAACAAUUAAGUUUUAACAUUUCCUCUCAAACACUUGCAGUCCCUUUAGCACAUUCCAUAUCUUUCUUUUCAGGAAAGUUGGGAAAAUAACCAAUGUCCAAUUUGUGCUGAAAUUCAAGUCCUAACUUCAAGCUUCCCUCAAGGCCGUUGGUUGCUCUUUUCACAUUUGAUUGUCCAUUCCUCAGACUCGGAUACUGAAGUUGUUGAAAUUUCGAUCCUGGAAGAUUGCCUUAUGUUCCCCCAUGCCUAGAACGUAUGUUGUAGUGGCAUUAGUGCUGUCCGUCAGGGUGCCUGCCCAGGUUAGGUUAGUAAGAGGUGACAGGAGUGUCAAAUAUCAAUAGUGCAUUAACAAGUAAUUGCACUGAGAAACUAACCCUCAUAUCCUGAAUGAGUAAGCUGCAGUGUGAACACACUCUCAAUGUGCUGCUAACACAAAGACCCAGAGUGUAACUAGCACAAAGGGAUCAUAGAGCUGUAAUU